GACCACAGUGUGGCCAUCCAUCAUGGAGCUGGAGCCGUGCGUCGUUCUCUUCACCCUACUCGCCCUCCUUUUGGCCGCCUACAUCGUCCUCAGGAAGGCCGCCCCUGGCACCACCUCCUCCGCCAGAAGCAAGACAGCCAGAGUAGGCUACGAAGACGACGUGUUGCCCUCCAUACUUUUUGCAACUGAACCUCAGGCUCUCCCAGAACCACUAUCAACACUAGUUUCAGGACCUGUCAAAGAAGAACAGCGUCUCCUUGAAUCAACCCAAGAUUCUGAACCUGCACCAGUGCCGGACCAUCUUUUAGAAUCGGCAAGACCUGUAGUUUCAGAAAUAUUGCCGGACAUGCUCAACAAAUUAGUGUCCGUUCAAGAAGCAGCUUCGGAUCCAGAGCCAGUCUUACCAAGGGUUUUGGUUCCAGAAAUGGUCCCUCAGCCAGAUGUCAUUGCAAAACCAGCCUGUGCUUUAAAACCUGUACUUGAAACACUUUCAGAACUAGAAUCUGUUUCCGUUCCAGAAACUGCCCUUCGGCCAAAACCUGUACCUGAAGCAGUUGUAAAACCGGGACCAGUUCCAAAGAUUAUUCCUCAGCUAGAAACUGCUGCACACACAUUUUGUAUUCAAGAACAAGUGUCCAAAUCAACACCAGAACCUCGACUGGAACAGUUCUCAGAGGCCCAGGCAGCUUCAGAUCCAGAAACCUCCUCUGAACCACCACCUGAAAUAGUUUGUGGUUUAAUACCGUGUUCUGAACCAGUAUCAGUAUCACAGGUAAUUGAAGAAGAGCUGUCCUCAAAUCUAGUGUCAAAACCAGAACCUCCUGUCCAGUCUGAAUUAGAACCUGCAAAGAAGGUGGCUCAGUUGGUUUCGGCACCCAUAGCUGCAUCUGAGCUGGUCUCGAGAUCCCCGGAAGAGAAACCGCCAGCUACUGAAACAGAGACAGCAGCCAAGCCUGAACCGGAAUCAGAACCAGAACCACAGAUUCAAGAUAUGGCAGCGUCCCAAGAAAAAGUCAGGUUUUCUGUUGGAAAGAAGCAGAACAAGUUUGAGACGCUGAUGACGAAGGAGGAGAUGGAGGAGGAGCAGAGGGUGCAACAGGAACAGCUGGCGGCCAUUUUCCUACUCCUGAGGGAGAACCAGGAGGCGCUGGGGGAGGUGACGGAGGGCGACAUGGAGGAGCAGAUCAAGCUGUACUCACUGUGAGAUCCAUCACCUCGGCUGAUUGACAACAUGACAUACUUCUGCUCGGGCAGUCAAGUGGCAGCUCCAUUCAGUGGAUGUAACUUGGAAGUGGCUAGCAACUUGAAGGUCGCAGGUUUGAUCCCCGAUGCUCCUUCCAGUUGACCCUCUGGUUGUAGGGAAGUGAAAGUAUCUUUUUUUUUAGAUGACUUUCUACUAAAGUCUUCCUAGAAAAUCCUUUCUUGUCCAUUUCCUCACAUGACUAAGUCUGAUUUUUUCUGGAAACACCACAACUCAUCCAAACAAAGAUGGAAAAACAAAAGCUGAAUAAAGAUUGAAAAUAGAAAUUGUGUGUUUGCUCACACACCAAAAAGGAAAUGGGAGACCAGCAUGUGGUGGAUAGUACGUGGUACGUUUAUUGAUUUCUUCCGUCAUUCUGAUAAAAAGAACAUAAAAAAUCUAGUCAUGUCAGAGAUUGUGCUCGAUGACAACUGGAGGGGCGGAGCUGAAAAGUCUGUUUCAACCAUCACAACACAAGAAGGAUUCGCAUGAGAAUGGCCGACUCCAGCAGGGGGCGUGGUUAAAGAACGUCACUUUCAGCAGUAUGAAGCUGCGUGUCGUCAGCGUCCGUCAUAACGCUGCUGUCCUGACUGUCGUCCACCUCCACGGCUGCUGCA